GAAGUACAAAUUUUAUAUAUUUAAAACUUUGAAACUUUCACGAUUUCUUAUUAAUUUCUCGAAAAAAGGAAUUAAUAUUCAGUAUUACUUUCGUACGUAUUUAUUGCUGUACUAUAUUUCUUCUGUGUGUGUGUUUAAUUUAUGCCAAACAUGAAUGCAUUUAUCAGAAACACGGUUCUUCGUCGAAAGUGCAAUAUUUCUCCUUUAAAUAAACUUGUGAAUGGUGCAAGUUGUCUCAGAGCUUUACACUUGGGAAAAUCAGACAAGGCCAGUGUUUCGAAUGAUAUAUCCGACUCGUAUGCUGUGGUAGAUCAUACUUUCGAUGCAGUAGUUGUAGGAGCCGGCGGUGCCGGUCUCAGAGCAGCAUUUGGCUUAGUCGAAGAAGGAUUCAGAACUGCUGUUAUUACGAAGUUAUUCCCUACGAGAUCUCAUACGGUUGCCGCCCAAGGAGGUAUCAAUGCCGCCUUGGGUAAUAUGGAAGAUGAUAACUGGCAAUGGCACAUGUACGAUACGGUGAAAGGUUCAGAUUGGUUGGGUGAUCAAGAUGCAAUUCAUUAUAUGACGAGAGAGGCACCCAAAGCUGUCUGCGAGCUGGAAAACUACGGCAUGCCAUUCAGUAGAACUCAAGAUGGAAAAAUUUACCAAAGAGCGUUCGGUGGACAAAGUUUAAAAUUCGGUAAAGGAGGACAAGCCCACAGAUGCUGCUGCGUAGCAGAUCGAACUGGGCAUUCGUUGCUCCAUACUUUGUACGGUCAAUCUUUACGUUACGAUUGUCACUAUUUCAUCGAAUACUUCGCCUUGGAUUUAUUAAUGGAAGGCGGAGAAUGCGUCGGUGUGAUUGCUUUGUGUCUAGAAGACGGCUCCAUUCAUCGAUUCAAAGCUAAAAAUACGAUUUUAGCCACCGGCGGUUACGGACGAGCGUAUUUCUCUUGUACAUCGGCUCAUACGUGUACUGGUGAUGGUACAGCUAUGGUUACCAGAGCCGGCCUAGUCAAUCAAGAUCUCGAAUUCGUACAGUUUCAUCCUACUGGAAUUUACGGAGCUGGUUGUUUGAUGACGGAAGGUUGUCGUGGUGAGGGUGGGUAUUUAGUCAAUAGCGAAGGAGAACGGUUUAUGGAACGAUAUGCUCCUGUUGCCAAAGAUUUAGCAUCGCGUGAUGUUGUCUCUAGAUCGAUGACUAUUGAGAUUAGAGAAGGAAGGGGUUGUGGACCGGAAAAAGAUCACGUUUAUUUACAAUUGCACCACUUGCCACAAGAACAAUUAGCUUCGAGAUUACCGGGUAUCUCAGAAACGGCGAUGAUUUUCGCCGGCGUAGACGUGACCCGUGAACCUAUACCAGUGUUACCCACCGUUCAUUACAAUAUGGGAGGUGUUCCUACUAAUUAUAAAGGCCAAGUAUUGAUAAGCGAAAACGGUAGUGAUAAAGUAGUACCUGGAUUAUAUGCCUGUGGCGAAGCCGCCAGUUCCUCCGUACAUGGUGCUAAUCGUCUAGGAGCCAAUUCAUUAUUAGAUUUAGUCGUAUUCGGUCGUGCUUGCGCAAAGACAAUCGCCCAAGAACAUGUCCCCGGUGAAAAAAUCAAAUCAACGAAGGAUAACAUCGGUGAAGAAUCAGUCCAAAAUUUAGAUAGUAUUAGAAACGCCAACGGCGAUUCACCUACAGCUGAAAUUAGAUUAGCUAUGCAGAAAACUAUGCAAACUCAUGCGGCCGUUUUCCGUACCGAAGAAACAUUAAAGGAAGGUUGUUCGAAGAUGAGCGAAUUAUAUAAAUCGUUGGCUCACAUCAAAGUGCAAGAUAGAAGUUUAAUCUGGAAUACGGAUUUAGUCGAAACGUUGGAAUUGCAAAAUCUCAUGUUGAAUGCUUUACAAACCAUAUACGGCGCUGAAAAUCGCAAAGAAUCCAGAGGAGCUCAUGCCAGAGAAGAUUUUAAAUUAAGAAUAGACGAAUUUGAUUACUCAAAACCAUUAGAAGGGCAAACGCGUAAACCUGUGGAACAGCAUUGGAGAAAGCAUACGUUGACUUUGAUGGACCCGAAGACUGGACAAGUUAAAAUUACUUAUAGACCUGUUAUCGAUGAAACUUUGGACCAAAACGAAUGUAAGACGGUGCCACCGGCAAUUCGAUCCUAUUAAUAUUCGUUUCAUAAGUAAUUGCCAGAUUUGUUUGAUAAAAUGUAUGUACAAUUUCCCUAUACUCCUCUUAAUUUAUUUUAAAAAUGAACUAAAAAAUUGAAUGAUGCAUCGACAGAUACGUGCGAAGGUGAAAGUAUGCAUUUUUAUUGAUUAUACGAUUAUUCCCAUAAAAAUAUCGUUUUUAAAAAAAUGGGUCGAAAGAACAUUUUUUUAAAUCUCGCUCAUCGUAAAUCGUCGUUCUAAAUGUGGCGCAAAUUGUACGUAGCUAGUUUUCUUAGUUAGCAGGGUGGAGGCAUUUUGCAUAUCGCAAUCACAGAAUACUCGCUUUGGAAAAUUAUUUUUUUAUACGGUUUACGUUUCACGUGUCUUGUCAAAACUUAAUACCAGUUAGAUGAAUUCGCGGUGAUGGAGUAGUACGAGUGAUGUAAAUUUAGAAUAUAACUUUACGCAGUAUUCUUUUUGUCAUUUUAAAUUAAUUACCGACGUCAUAAUAUCCUACUUUUGUCCAGUGUACAGAAUUUUUCUGCAUCAUCUAUCAUAUUUUCAUAGACUAUGUACGAAAGUUGGGAAUCCGUGUGUAAAAAAUGAUUUAUUUAAUUAGGUCAUCCCAAACUCUCGUUAUCAUUGUUGAUUUUUUGCUAAAAUAAACUGUUUCAAAUAUG